AUGGGUUCGGGGCCAAACAACACGCCUCAGCCAAACGUCUCCACGGCAAGCCUGCAGCUUGAAAUGGAGUAUGUCCUGGCUCGGUUAGCGGUUCAGGAGAGCGGACAGGCGGCCUUAGAGGCGGAAGUUUUGCGCCUUACCGAACAGGUUGCCAAGCUGGUAAAGGAGCUCAAUGAGUCGAAGCGUGUACAAACAGAAACCCAACGUGAGUUAGACCUGUGGCGCCAGGGAACUAAGGAGAUUCAAACGGUAGAGGACAGGCCUAACGGCAUCGAGCCCGGGUUACCAAAACCACAGCAGCUACAGGAAAGCGAAUCUGCAGUAACGACUGAAAGAACGCCACGUAUUCGGAGACGUGUCCCUGCGGAAGGACCAGUGGUGCAGACAACUUCACGUCGGCGGCAGCGUGUACAGCAGUAUCAAAAACAGCAGCAGCCAAAGGUACAGCAACAAAAGCAGCAGCAAAAGGUACAGCCUCAACAGCAACAACAGCAUCGACCACCUCAGAAGCCUAAGAUGGAACACCAGCAGCAACGUCCACAACAACAGCAACAAAAGCAGCAGCAAAAGGUACAGCCUCAACAGCAAGAACCGUGUCGGCCGCCUCAGAAGCCUAAGAUGGAACAUCAGCAGCAGCAGAAGCAGCAGUUUGAACAGUGUCAGCAUUCGAAGCUGUGUCUCAACGUCAACAGAGUCGUACCUACACGCGUUGCUACCAAAGUCCCGACGAAAUCGACGUCCAAACAGCAAUAG